UUAUACACUAUAAUACUGCAAACGAUUGCGACGCGGUCGUGUAAAGACGCUUGAUUUAGAAUCCAUCAGUUAAAUAAAUAAAAUAUUAAACUCGUGAAUUUUAAAACUAUUGUUGCGUUAACAUUAAAAGACUACGAUUAGAAUAAUUUGCGUAACGAUGAAGAGUAUAGCGGUGCUGCUGUGCGUGGUGGGCGCGGCGUGCGCGGUGUCGCUGCUGGACCUGGUGCGCGAGGAGUGGAGCGCCUUCAAGCUGGAGCACAGCAAGCGCUACGACAGCGAGGUGGAGGACAAGUUCCGCAUGAAGAUCUACCUGGAGAACAAGCACCGCAUCGCCAAGCACAACCAGCGCUUCGAGCAGGGCGCCGUCAGCUACAAGCUGCGCCCCAACAAGUACGCCGACAUGCUCAGCCACGAGUUCGUGCACGUCAUGAACGGCUUCAACAAGACCCUCAAGCACCCGAAGGCCGUGCACGGCAAGGGUCGCGAGUCCCGGCCCGCCACGUUCAUCGCGCCGGCGCACGUCACCUACCCCGACCACGUGGACUGGCGCAAGAAGGGCGCCGUCACCGAGGUCAAGGACCAGGGCAAGUGCGGCUCCUGCUGGGCCUUCAGUACGACUGGCGCGCUCGAGGGCCAGCACUUCCGCAAGACCGGGUACCUGGUGUCGCUGUCGGAGCAGAACCUGAUCGACUGCUCGGCCGCGUACGGCAACAACGGCUGCAACGGCGGCCUCAUGGACAACGCCUUCAAGUACAUCAAGGACAACGGCGGCAUCGACACCGAGAAGGCCUACCCCUAUGAGGGCGUCGAUGACAAGUGCAGGUACAACGCGAAGAACUCCGGCGCGGACGACGUCGGCUUCGUGGACAUCCCUCAGGGUGACGAGGAGAAGCUGAUGCAGGCCGUGGCCACCGUGGGGCCCGUGUCCGUCGCCAUCGACGCCUCGCAGGAGAGCUUCCAGUUCUACUCCGACGGCGUCUACUACGACGAGAACUGCUCCUCCACAGACCUCGACCACGGAGUGAUGGUGGUGGGGUACGGCACGGACGAGCAGGGCGGCGACUACUGGCUGGUGAAGAACUCGUGGGGCCGCACGUGGGGCGACCUCGGCUACAUCAAGAUGGCGCGCAACAAGAACAACCACUGCGGCAUUGCCUCCAGCGCCUCCUACCCGCUCGUGUAGUGGGCCUCCUGCCGCACCCGCCAUCCGCUCCUAUGCCGAACUGAUACUACCAACCUUCCCAAUGUACACAUUGCCUAAAAACUGUGUUCAAUUUCAAUAUAAACAAUGGGUAUCGGUGAGAAAGAUGGCAACACAGCAGUGACACAGCGCCUGUCACUGCGGACUGUCGACACAUUCCGGAAUACGCGUGUCACUAGAGAUAAGUUACGCUAGAGUUAAGUGUAAAGUUUAUGAACAUAUAGUAAGUUAGAGCGUGGAGCAACACUUGUGAUAUUAAAGUUAUCUUGCGUCAUUGUAAAGUUGUUGAGCUAAAUACAAAACAUAUUUUUAUUA